AUGACCUGGAAAGACAUACAUUCAGUGGACAUUCAGCUUUUAUCCAGAGUGACUUACAUUGCAUUUCAAGCCAAGGCGUGCAGGGCUGCGAAACCCUUUGUGAACUACGGCUGGGCGAUUCCUGGCCUGCGCUGGGUCACGGGGAAAGAGCGUCGGGUCACGGGGAAGGAGCGUCUGUUCCCGAGCACCACCAGCCGCAGCUCCAGUCCGGAAAAAGAUGCAGAAGAGAUGGAAGAGUCAUCUGAUGAUUACAGUUUGGGUCGUUUCUCAGAGUUGGAGGGAGCGGGACGCAGACCAAAGCCUCAGUGGGGAGAGAACGGCCAUGACCGGAAGCUGCAGAGAUGCAAAACUCAACGCCUGGUGACCCAUCUCCCCCGGGACACGGCCAACGACCCAGAAGGCCACACCGGAUCAGAGAAGUUUGGCCAUCUAGCUUUGUCCGAUCGACCCGGUCUCCACCAAUCACUCAUUUCACAAGUGCCAUUAAGACUACAGAUUAAAGUGAACGGUCAGAGAGGAGGAAUGGGAAUCUGUAUUGCGGGAGGGAAAGGCUCCUUGCCAUACAAAGAGAACGACGAGGGUAUCUUCAUCUCCAGGGUGUCUAAAGGUGGACCAGCGGAGAAGGCCGGUCUUCAUGUUGGGGACAGAGUGCUGGAGGUCAAUGGCCUGGACAUGCUGGAGGUCAGCCAUCAUGAGGCAGUCAGCGUCCUGAGGAAUGCUGGGAGUUGUAUAAAGAUGAAAGUGAUACGGGAGAGAUGCGUGUCCAUGGAGCCGCGAGCGAACGACAGGUCCGACGGCAUGGAGACCGACCCGCAGAUCAGCCAAGAGUGGGAUGUUCCCGUGAGCUAUAGCAGAUCGGGCGGCCCACAAUCCUCCACUGAUCCCACGCCGGACCACAGCUCAGCGACCAACCGGACUGAAGCUUCGGCCUGCAACGGAAACGGACCGAAUGAACCAGUCCAGGACUUACGGCCAAUGAAAGACACGGAGACCUUCAAAAACAACGCUCUGCAGGUUGUGAAAAACACCAUGACGAUUCCUCGGAUCAUCCUCACACACCCCUCAACCUCGGAUGAAGACGUGGAGCCGCUCACGCAGGGUCCAGAUGAUGGAGACUUUGAUCGGGACUGCAGUGACUUCUACUCCGACUGCCUGAACAACGCUUUCUAUCCUCUGUGAAAAUGUGGCUGUCCUUCGGUUAACCGAACAUUCGCCGGAGCGGAUCCAUACUUCAGGCAAACUUCCCAUGAGUCCACAGUCACAUGAUGCUUACAUCCUUACAACUAUCUGAACUGUUUAGUGUGAAAGAGAAAGUAAAUAUAUAAUAUUUUUGUAACAUUUUGCUUGUUUAAUGCUCUAAAAUAGACCUUAUUCACUUUAUCUAUGCUUUACUUAAAUGUUUUUACUCGCAGCAUUUGCCAAAAGUGAAAUAAAUAUUAAAAACGUUGCCGGUCGUAUGUGUGUAAUGGUGUGAGUGUGUCUUGUUGUGAAUAUGUGAUGUGGAUAUGCUAUCGAUCUUCAUCAACACAACACUUGUAUAAAUGUAUGCAUUUAAUAGUUUGAAAUAAUAAUAAUUUUGUGACGAUACAUUUAGCAGAUACUGCCAUUAAGUAAGCGUAUCUGGGUUAUAGAGUGUCGAAGUGAUGACG